GCGUACGGGGUUGGGUUUCGUGAGGUGUCAUGGCGGCGCCCAUGUUUCUGUGACAGCGCCCUGUCAGGCCGGGCUGUGUAGGUGACUGUGGGGACGGAGAGGCCCUGACACCUUGGUACCAGCAGACAUGGGGACUGUGCACGCUCGGAGUUUGGAUCCUCUUCCUAUGGAUGGACAUGAUUUCGCAUCUGCUGAUGAUUCUGAUCUUGUAGAAGUGGAGCCGCAAAAGAAACAGGAAAUUUUAGAGAACAAAGAUGUUGUGGUUCAGCGUGUGCACUUUGAAGGUCUGGGGAGGACAAAAGAUGACCUUAUUAUGUAUGAAAUCAGCAAUGUCUUCAAGGCUAAAAAUCUUAUUGAUGUGAUGAGAAAAUCUCAUGAAGCAAGAGAGAAAUUGCUCCGAAUGGGAAUAUUUAGGCAAGUGGAAGUUUUGGUUGAUACAUGUGAAGGUGAUGACGCUCUUCCCAAUGGUUUGGAUGUCACUUUUGAAGUCACAGAAUUGAGAAGAUUAACUGGAAGUUAUAACACCAUGGUUGGGAACAACGAAGGCAGCAUGGUUCUUGGUCUUAAACUUCCCAAUCUCUUUGGUCGCGCUGAAAAAAUGACUUUCCAGUUCUCUUAUGGGACAAAGGAAACCUCAUAUGGGUUGUCCUUUUUCAAACCCCAAGUUGGAAACUUUGAAAGGAAUUUUUCUGUCAACUUGUACAAAGUGACUGGCCAGUUCCCGUGGAGCUCGCUGCGUGAGACAGACCGAGGAAUAUCAACCGAAAUCAGUUUCCCAUUAUGGAAGACCAACCACACGUUGAAAUGGGAGGGGGUUUGGCGAGAACUGGGCUGCCUGGCAAGAACUGCAUCUUUUGCCAUUCGGGAGGAGAGUGGGCACACUCUUAAGUCUUCUCUAUCACAUGCCAUGGUUAUUGAUACUCGCAACUCCUCGAUCUUGCCCAAAAGCGGCGCCUUGCUGAAAAUCAAUCAGGAGCUGGCUGGCUAUACAGGUGGAGACGUCAGCUUUCUGAAAGAGGACUUUGAGCUGCAGCUAAAUAAAAAGCUUGGCUGGGACUCUGUCCUCUCAACAUCUCUGUGGGGUGGGAUGCUGUUGCCUAUUGGAGACAAACCAUCGAGUAUUGCUGAUCGGUUUUACCUUGGUGGACCAACAAGUGUGCGCGGCUUUAGCAUGUACAGCAUCGGACCACAAAGUGAAGGUGACUAUUUGGGAGGAGAAGCUUACUGGGCCGGUGGAGUGCACCUGUACACCCCUCUUCCUUUCCGACCAGGGCGUGGAGGAUUUGGAGACCUUUUCAGAACACACUUCUUUCUAAAUGCCGGAAACCUCUGCAAUCUUAACUAUGGUGAAGGCCCACAAGCACAUUUACGCAAGCUCGCUGAGUGUAUUCGCUGGUCAUACGGAGCAGGCAUAGUGCUUCGCCUUGGUAACAUCGCAAGACUGGAGCUCAAUUACUGCAUCCCUAUGGGAGUUCAGAGUGGAGACAGGAUAUGUGACGGCGUGCAGUUUGGAGCAGGAAUCAGAUUCUUAUAGAUAUCAAACCAGUUUCUGGACAAGGACAGACAUCUCAACAUAAACAGCAGCACUACAUACAUAUUACAACAGAUAUUUUUCAUAAACUUCUAAAAAUGGUCUUUGUGUAUUGUUCUUUUUAUUGACAUGCAUGCAUAUAUCUGUAAUAUUAAACAAUACAGUGAUAUUUAUUUUAA